CUUAGCUCUCAAAAGCGCAGCAACAGUGAAGGCUGUGCUUCAGUGGUCAUUGCGUCGAACAAUCCUCCACCAUCCAGCAAGUCUCCUUCAGAGGAAACGUUGCAGGUGCCUGCAUUGUUCCUACAUGCUGCUGAGAAUUGGACCGAGGCUGUGGAGCCGGAAUUCUACAAGAAUCUGGACCGGAAGACCAUCAAGAGGCAGGAAAUCAUCUAUGAGUUGAUGUUAACAGAAAAUCAGCAUGUCCAGACUCUCACCGUCAUGGCUGAAAGUCUAAGGUGGGGCCUUCAAGAGGAAUGUCAGCUGGGAAGCGAUGUGAUUGGACAGAUUUUGCCUUGUGUGGACAAGCUCCUCCCCUUGCAUCAGAAUUUUCUCUGUGCUAUGGAAACACGACAGCGUGAAUCCACUGAUCCCAGCAACCCAAAAAACUUCCUAAUUCACCGCAUCGGAGACAUUCUCACAGAACAGUUCUCAGGGGAGCAUGGUGCAGAGAUUACUGCUCUAUAUGGAGAGUUCUGCAGCAAACACACACAUGCUGUUAACCUUUACAAACAGAUACUGCAAAACAACAGAAAACUACAGGCCUUCAUCAAGCAGCAGAGACGGAAUGGUGAGCUGAAAAGAAGAGAAAUUCCCGAACUCCUCCUACUGGUCACUCAGAGAAUCACCAAGUAUCCCAUUCUACUGGAGAGACUCCUGCAAUACACAGAUGAGGCCAGUGGAGACGCGUGUGUGUGUCGACAAGCGCUGCGGGCAUUGCGGUGUGUGCUGAGUGGCGUGGAGCAGAGUGUGUGUGAGCGGCAGAAGGAGCAGACCUUCACACACAUCAUGCAGCGGCUAGACAGCAGGAGUGUGACACGCCUGCGCAAUGGAGAGACCUUCAGCAAGCAGCAGCUCACACACACACACUCCACACACACUCACACACAGUGGACCCCUCAUCUGCAGAACCAGCUCUGGAAGGCUUAGAGAAUGUCUGGGAGUUCUCCUUAGUGACAUCUUGAUGUUUCUCCAGGAGAAGGAACAGAAGCUCACCUUUGCAGCUCUGGAGCAGAAGGCUGCAGUGGUCUCCGUGCAGAGACUUAUAGUGAGAGAGGUAGCCAAUCAGGAGCGAGGCCUGUUCCUCAUCACAGAGUCAUCCACAGGGCCUGAGAUGUAUGAGAUCCACACACACACGCGUGAGGACCGCAACACCUGGCUUGCACACCUCACUAAAGCUGCUCAUAGUCUCCUAGGUAACAAGACCAAAGCUGUGUCAGAUGAUGAUGAUUUCAAGUCCCAAAAUAUACAAGGUCACCAAG